AUGGCCUCGUUUAAGGUGAUCGUCGUUGGCGGCAGUGUCACAGGUAUGGUAUUAGCUAACAUGUUCGAACAAUAUGGUAUCGACUAUAUUGUGCUUGAAAAACAUCACACGAUUGCCCCUCAGCUAGGAGCAGGGUUUGCAUUGCUGCCAAAUGGAUCACGAGUUCUCGACCAGCUAGGCUGCUAUGACGUGCUGAAGAAGUUGAGCGCGCCUGUUAAUUCCUUAUGUGGCUACGAUCAAAACGGUGAUCUUAGAGAGGACCGGCCUGAGAUCGGACAAUGGCUUGAAGAACUAUUCGGAUAUAAAAUGCGGUUUCUGGAGCGACGACAACUGAUUAAGGUAUUAUUUGAUAACCUGAGUGAUAAGUCUAAGGUUUAUACUUCAUGUGGUGUCAUAAAAAUCAGAUAUUGCUCCAAAAUGGUCAAGGUUGAAACGGACGGUGGCACUAUUUUCGAAGGCGAUAUUGUGGUCGGCGCAGAUGGCGUCCACAGUCGUGUCGCGCAGGAAAUGCAACGCCUCGCUGCCUUUGUAUGCACUUACAGUGCUAUCUUUGGUAUAUCAAUGGCACCAAACGGGAUGGUCGAAGACCAAGCGAUCAAAAACUACAGACAAGGCCGGAGCUACCUCUGUGCAGGUGGCCGUGAAGGAAAGCUGUAUUGGCUUGCCAUGAUCAAGAAUGAUCAUAAGACACAGGGAGUAAACAUUCCUCGAUACAAUGACCAAGACAGGGACAUAUUUGCAGCCAUGUGCGAGGCAGAUCUAGUUAUACCUGGGGUCACAUUCGGUGACAUAUACAAGAGACAGCUUGCGUCCGCGCUUGUACCCCUUGAAGAGGGCGUCCUUGAAGAAUGCUUUUAUAAAAGAAUAGUACUUGUCGGCGACUCGUGGCACAAGAUUCAUCCUUUGAGUGGCCAAGGUGGUAAUAACGCAAUCAUUUCAGCUGCACAUCUGGCAAAUCAGUUGAAACAUUUUACUCAGCAUAAUAUGAGUUCUGACGAAGCCAGUCUCAAUUGGUUGUUUCGCGAAUAUAAACGCACUCGAGAGCCUCAAACCAGAGAGUUGAUGCAGAUGAGUCACCUAUUACAACGAAUGGAAGCUCUUGAAACGCCUCUUUUGAGACUCUUUGAGCUCAAAUAUGUCUGUCAGAUGCCAAUAGAAGCGCUUUCUGGUGUUCUGGCACGGACAUACACUCAAGCUGUUUCUUUGAACUACCUGCCUCCUCCUCCACGCCACUGUCUUGUUCCAUUCAACGAAGAGGUCGCCUUGAAGCCCCGAGCUCGAUUCAAAACUGUUACUGCUUUUUGGCUUUUAGUGCUUGCUCUUGUUGUUUUUGGGCAACAAACUAUCCCUUGGGUCUGGAAAGAUGUAGUGGUGCUGUCGUCACCGACGCCUAUGAUCCUCCAAAGCAGCUUAAUUGCGCCAAGUGCCAGCAUGGCUUACCAGAGGGCAAUGUCUUUAUAUUUCAAUUUGUCCCUCACAACGGUUAUCAGUAUCAUGUGCAUUGAGUCCUAUCGCCAAAAUAUGUUCAUGAGACUCAUCAGCAGUGCAAUUACAUGCGGAAUAGCCUCACUUUUUAUAAGUUGGGAGGUCAUAUGUCCUAUCUACUUUGCCGUGUUUAUCCUCGUCUCGGGGCAACAGCUCUUCUACUACCCUUCACCAAGAGCUGUGGACCUGCAAAUAGCGAAAGCGAUCCGAUUCGCUUAUUUAGCCACGUAUAUUCCCGUUAUCACCUUGACGGUUUUAUGCAAAGAAUCGCCAAGCAGAAUGUGGAUAGUGGCCCAUGCGACAUUUCCUCUCGCAAUAAAGCUGGUGCAAGUUUUCGGCCCGAUGCGCUCAACAGUCAUCAUAGACCCUGCGGUAUUAUAUGGAAAGCAAGAUAUUAAGAUCUUGGAAAACUUCUUGCAUCUAGUUUGCACUGUCCAGCAUUUAGCAUCUUUGUUUGUGGGAAGAAGCUCUCUGCAACAGUUUCUUGAAAUAUGUAUCGCAUGGUAUCGGAGUGAAAUCGCUCAUGACAAUCUCAAGAUACUUCUCUUGGAAAUCAGUAUUGCAGUCUUCAUCUGCUUCACCUACUGGGACCUUCGAAGGGUUCAUGUCAUUACUGGACCCGUGAAAACUGAUCUGGGCUCGAUAAUAUAUCUUGGUUUCACUCCACCGGCAGCUUUGAUGUGCGUGUGGGCAUUGCGAGAAUCUAAAUGGGAAAAAGCGCGAGAAAGGCUGUCGGCCGAAAAGAUUUGA